AUGAGGGUGGGAGCUGCAACCUUGGCAGGGGGGAUAUUUGGCAUAUUGGGGACUCUGUGUUUCUUUGUAGCCUUCAGUACAGACUAUUGGCUGGUGGCCAGUGACGACUGUGGACCGCACACAUGGCCGACACAAACAACACUAACUGGUGAAAAAGAUGCCAAUGGGACUGAGGUAGGACAGAUGUGUGCACAUUAGACUUGACAUUAAAGAUACACUGUGUGUUUUUUUUAUACACAAGCAAAUGCAAAACUUACUCCCUGCAGCCAGAAUUGCUCCUAACAAGAUAAUGGUCACAGCAGCACAUUAUUUUUAACACUGAAAAAACACAUGCAGGGACCACAAAAAGACCGGAGUGGAACCUGAUCAUAUGGCGUGUAGACAGUGGCUUGCAUGCAAUGCCACUACAAGAUAUUUAAAGAACUCCUAAAGAUGAGAAGUCUUACACUGAAAGGUUGGAAAAGAAAAAUGAUGAUGAGGUCGAACAUACAAAUAAACUUGAGCGGAAGUCAAACUUGAAUUUAACAAGUUUUACGAUGGGUUCAGCUCACAACUCUCCAACAACUCGGACAGCUUUUCUUUUCAGACCCUCCAUGUGUGGUUAAGGGUCCAUAAUUUCCAUGUUACAGACUUUUUCAAUGUCUACAGCUAAAGUAAAGCUGCUAUGAACAGCCAUGCUAUGAGAUGGAUGCUGUAGUCAGUAUGCAUUCAUACUCUCAGACAAACAGGCUUAUAUGAAAAUACUUUUAUUACUUUAUUCUCCUUCUAUAACUGCAGUAUCUUAAAGUUAUCUGCUCAUGACAAUUGUUGGAAACAAACUACAGCUGAGGAUUAUAUGAGUCAUGAAAGUCAGCCCAUAGUUUCAUGUGAAUUAAAAUACAACAGGCAACAUUUGUCGAGAUAUUUCAUCCUGGAAAGAAGUGGGCCACCCGAGCAGCACGGUUUCACCCUGGUGGUCUGGAGGUAAGGAUAGCCAAUGACAUCACCAGUGUUAGUUUUUGUCCGCCUUCACAAAACUACAGCAGAAUUACCACAUAACUGUUUCAACAAAGUACCCAGUGAGUCAUGCUUUUAUGUGUAACUUCAGUGAAAUGCCCCUUUAUUUUCCCAGCCAUUUCUGUAUUAUUGAGAAAGUGCCUAAAAUGCAGAGUAAGGGAUAUAUUUCCAAAAGCUAAUCCCUCAGUGAACCUCUCCCCAGCAUCAUGGCACAACAAAGUCUUUCAUUUUCAAUAAAAUAGGAUGAUUAAAGUUGCUGUGUGUGUUUUUCAGCACCAUCCAUCAUAUUUUUGACAAGCAAAUGGAGAGUAUCACUCAUGCGUGUUUCAUAAGUUCCCCUCGAAAACCUCACAGACAGCAAACCAUAAUCAGAACCAUGUUUGAUCCUGUGGCACCACUGAAGUACAGAAUCACACAGACACACACAGCUCGCUGAUACGUGUUGACAAUGCUGACAGAAAUAAAGGUCCAUCCAUCAGGAGGAGUUUUAGUGUCCAUGUCUCUGUUUGUUUUACAUGUACAUUUGUUUCUUUUCUUCAUUUUAGAUCCCGGUAGUGGAAGUCAUCACUGCUUCUCCACCAUCUCUCACUCUGCACCACGAGGGCUUUUUCUGGAGAUGCGUGUUUCAGGUGGAGCCCACAACACAUGCAGUCCUGGCCACCCUCUUCAGUAUGUCAACCUUGUAUAGACAGAGUGCUUUUGUUGGGGCUGGUCCAAUGUGUUGCAUGUCUCAUGCUCAGAAAUGUGGUUGGCUUGACAUGCAAACAAGUGCAGAGAAGAAAAAUGUCUGUAAUUUGAAUAUAUGACAGAAAUGUAUGGGGGAAGCCAGAAAAAUGAGCUGGCAUUUGGCAGAGUCUGGGGUGCUUUUUGCUUUUCCCAAGAUAUAGGCCUCAUUUUCAGUUAAUGUUUCUUGUUUUUCUGUAUUUCAAAACAUUUUUUAUUUUGAUAAUAUGAACGUUUUUUUUUUUAAUCUUUUUUUUCAUUUGUUCUUUCUGAAGCAAACCAGCCAGAAUCUAAGCUCUGUGUCCAUGGUUACCUCUUCCCUCUGCCUGUUGCGCUUGGACAGGUGCCUCACCCAACCUAUGAUGCUACAGCAGGUAACAUGCUCAUACACAAUGCAACAAACUUCUGACAAUUAACAUUUAGAGAUUUGGAAAAUUGUGAAUUUUUAAACAGUCAAACCUCAAAAAUGCAUCUGAAUAAUAGAGAAAACCAACAAUGCAAAAGUGGUGUUUACAUUUCAUGGAUCAGUGUUUGCUCAUGUAGCUAAUUUGAGAGAGAAGCUGAAAUACUUAAAGACCCACUCCGAUGAAAAUCAUGUUUUUCUUGUUGUCUACAUGUUCAUAUGGCAUUUUUCUGAUGCUACAGGACGUAUCAUGGGAAAAAUAGGUGCGAAAUUGCAUUUUCAAGUAUUUCUGUGUUCAAAUCGCUGUGAAUCUCUGGCAGACCCAAACAGCAGGUUCAGACGCAGUGAGAUUUCUUACGUCACAAUUCCAAGCUCCGCCCCCGGAAAUCCGCUCUGCAGGCCAGACUCAGAGAAGAGGACAAUCGCAGAAUUAGCGUGUUAAUAAGUCAGCGGAUUGGAAUACCUGUAAGAAAGCUUAUUAUGAUUUUAGCUUUCAUCAUGUCCCUAACGACAUUAAAGUCCGAGAGCUGAAUAGCUAUGUUAGGCUGCAAGCUAGCGUGAAGAUGAGUGUGCAGAUCAGUGCUGUCUCCACCCACGACUCAGAGGCAAAUCGCUAAUGAGCUACUGGAGCGCUGCAGAAGAAAAGCCCUUAAAAAUGACACAAGUUACGUGAUUUUGGCUAAAAACUUCAUAAUCACAAUUUAAAGACCACUGAUAACACUUUAAGUAAUAACAAAAAAAAGAAAAAAGAAAAAAAGAAAGAAAAAGAUCGGAGUGGGACUUAAACACUUUACAAAAUCCAGCAAUGAAAUAUUUUGACAUUUAGAGAAUUUAUUCAAUUCUUUGUCAAGAGUUAAGAUUGAUACCUCUCUCAUAUCUAGCAGAGACACCUUGAACCUACUGACUUCAUAUAAAGUGAGAUACAAACACUAAAAGAGAAGAAUGGCUCACCUGGUUCUAUUAUAGGUGACAAAAUACACCUACAGAUUAGUAAUUGACAUGUUUUAUCAUGACUUUUUCUUAUAGAAGUCAUUGCACUCAGCUAAGACAGGUUCUGGCAUUGUGUCUAUAGGGAGAACUGCAAAUCUUUAAACCAUCUUAAGGAGUCGUCAUACACGUCAAAAUGAUGUGAUAUGGGUUUUCUUUAGAAAUGAUGAUAGGCAGGUGAACACGCGUAUGUCCCAUGUGUCGCAUCUAUGAAUAGAGCCAAAUAAGAACAGGCUUUCUGACAGCACAGUGCUGAAAUAUUUUCUAAAUAAAGCGUACGCUUUCAGUGACAUUUGUGUUUGUGUUUCUUAAAUUAGCUAAAUUAUGUGGUAGAGCUAAGCCUAUCUGUUGCAGUUGACAGUGAAGCUCCCAUGAUAGCUUUACAGAGAGUUUCUCAGCAAAGGGGGGACUGGGAUCACUUGUGGGUAAGAGAAUUGACAAGUACCUCCUAAAAAUGAAGAAUUUAAUUUUUCCAUGUAGAGCUGGACAAGCUGUUUCCCCACACCGAGUUGUUUUUUUCCUCAUUCAUUAUUGGCUCUGAUUUGCAAGGAAGGGGCAGUACUAGCGCUUUGCUUCAUUCUGUUCCUUCUCCAACUGCUUGUUUUUGACACACAUAUGUUUGUGUAAAUUUAUCUUUGACAUGUACAGUUGUUUGGUGUACAUAUGUAUUACUUUGUUCAGUGUUUUUGUUUUUAGUUGUUCUUUUGUUGUUUUUGUUCAUAAAGUUUGAGAUAAACAAAGAAAGAAAGAAAGAAAGAAAAGAUUUUUUUUUUGAAAGCAUGUGGGGGCAGCAGUAGCCGAGUCCACCAGAACUUAGAUAGGAAGUAAAGGAUCAUUAGGUAAAAUCUUGGAGCAGGCCAAAGUAUGGAAAUUGGGGCCAGUUCACAGGUUGUGCCAGGGGUUUACUAGGUUCCCAAAUUUUCUGAAAAAGCAGAGUGUAUGACCUUGGUGGUGGAUACAGAUGCACAGUAUAGUGGUUUUAUGCAGGUGCUAUUUCUCUCAUGGUGUCCUGGUUCUAUUUCCUGCAGUGUUUCGAGGUUUCUGGACCGUGCUGAUAAUCCUCGCCCUGGUUGCUGCUCUCACUGGAGGCUUCCUCCUGCUCUGUGGCGUCCCCUUCUACAGCCACAAGCUGUACAAAGUGGGUGGUGCAUUCCUCAUAACUGCAGGUAAAAACAUAGCCCGCGCUCAUGGGUGGAGUUUGAAGUGUUCGUCUGCACUGUUAAAUAUACUUCCACAGAUAUACUGUAUGUGUGUGCACAGACACAAACACAUGUUGCUGCAGUCAGCUGCUCAUACCUGUCACAUGAUAGACACACUCUCAACACUGAGAGCAGGAAAUGUCACUCUGCAAAACUGUCGCUAUAACAACAGUAGGUUCAAACAGUGCCAGUCUCAGUGGAGAUGAGUAGGUGCUGCAUUCCUCUAGUGUUACUCACAGCAGUAACUGUGUCCCCCCUGACACUCGCCUGUCUCUCCACAGCCUGCUUGUUCCUGUUCAUACUGCUGCUCUACGUUCUGUGGAUGGAGGCGGUGGAGGUGAAGCGCUACAUCCUGCAAGAGAGAGGAGAAACCUGUCCCAAUGCAAACGUAUCAGUCCUGUACGGCCUGUCAUUCAUGGUGGCAGCUGCCGGCGUGCCUCUGGAGCUCAUCUCUGGGAUGGUGUUCAUGCUGGUGGCUCGUGCGUUGCGUGCCAGCAAGUGA